AUGGCUCCUGCUAUUCUUAUUGUCGGUGCAACCGGUAACACUGGCCGAAGUGUUACUGAAACUCUGCCAAAGUUGCUACAGACUAGCAACGCUCUAUCCAAUCACCGAGUCAUCGCUCUAACGCGUUCUGCGGAUGGUCCAGUCGCACAACGGCUUACGGAACUCCCUGGUGUUGAGGUAGUAGAGCAGAACUGGGUUGAAAUCACUGCUGAGUGGCUUCGAGAACAUGAGGUGUCCAGAGCGUUCAUUGCAUCACACAACGAACCAAAUCAAUUCGCCGAAGAAUCAACAUUUCAUGUUGCUGCCCUCAAAGCCGGUGUCGAGUACAUUGUGCGAAUCUCGACUACUGCUGCGAAUGUUCGCCCAAAUUGUGAUGCUUAUUAUCCACGUACGCAUUGGGCAAUCGAGGCUCUCCUGAGCUCCCCAGAAUUCAGCAGCUUGCAGUGGACUUCACUUCAGCCUAACGUCUUUACACCACUCUAUCUUUCCACUGCCAUGGAAUUCAUCACGAAGUUCCGCAAGACUGGGAAGCAAGAUACUCUCAGGUUAAUGGCAUCAGAAGAGGCACCUGUCGGAAUUAUUGACCCUGAUGAAGUUGGCGUUCUUGCGGCACACCUCUUAUCCCAAGAAGACCCUACUGUGCACAACAAGGCCAAAUAUGUUCUGAAUGGGCCAGAAGAUAUCACUGGUAAACAAAUUGUGAGCAUGGUUGAGCAAUAUAUUGGCACCCAAGUCAAUAGUGUUAGCUACAAAGACAUGUCGUUUCUCGAUAUUGCGCUCCAGGACACUCGGCAUUCAAAGAAUGUCAUCUCGUCUAUCAAAUACGCCCCGGUGACGGCAUGGGAAGGAAAGUGCAUGGCCUCUACAACCAGCAAGAAAGUGCUGGAGAUCGCAGCACCGAAGCGUACACCUGCUGAUGUGUUGAGGGCCAUGCUCGGGGAAUAG